UCAGGUGAGGUAGAGAAGGAACUCAGCCGGCGCAGGAAACAAAGAUGGCGCUCUCAGUGUGAAGAAGCAGCAGCUCCACUCUGAGCCUCUCCUGCCACAAACGUAACAUCUCUCAGUCAACAGCUCGUGUUCGGGGCCCAAACAGUCUCUCGGACCUCCGGACCACUUCCAGCAGCCUCCUCCAGCUCUGACGCCCCUUAAAGCUUCCAGACCUGAGGCCCACGAGCGGGCUGCUCUCUCGACGCGUUCCCUCCAGUGACCUGCAGACCAUGUGUGAGUGUCUCCGUGGAAUAUUCAGAGUCACCUGGACACCCUCCUCCAACGCAGACUCUGACAGAGAGCAGGAGGACGGACAUGUGUUCAGCCAGACCAGAGACCCAGCUGUGAAAGAUAGGAAGCGGUCUCCCCCCUCCAAGAGAUCCCCCUCUGUCCCGCAACGCAGCCCUCACCACAGCGGCCCAGCAGACGAACCGGAGAGCCCAGAGAGAAUAGAGCAGAGGCAGAAACUCCAUGCAGAGUUAAAGCUGGUGCUAAGUCAGAAGAGAAACCUCCUGAGAGGGUCAACCUCGAACCUGGCACAACCAGAAAUGGACCCCGAACCCACUGUGGAGCAGAAGCCUGAAGAGGAAGACUCCAAGCCGGUGGAGAUAGUGGUGGAGACAGAGGCCGAGGCUGGAGCAAGCGGCUACAGUGUGACCGGUGGCGGCCAGAAAGGGAUUUUUAUUAAAGAUGUCCUGAAAGAUUCUCCUGCGGCAAAACAUCUCAGCCUUCAACAAGGUGACCAGCUGCUGAGUGCUAAGGUCUACUUCGACAAUGUCAAGUAUGAAGACGCUCUCAAGAUCCUUCAAUGUGCGGAGCCUUAUAAAGUCAGCUUUCUGGUGAAGAGGACGAUUCCUGGAGCUGAGGGCACCCUGCGGCCCCGAGUGCCCAGUGUGGACAUCAAGGGUCCCAAAGCCAAGUUGGCCAAAAUGAGUGUGAAGGGCAUCAAGACUUUUAAGGCCAAGAAGAAGAGAGGUGGACGCUUUGGACUGAAGAGGCUGAAGCGUAAAGAGGAAAUUGUGAUAGAGGAAACACCCCCCAAAUUGGAGUUCGGUGACAUGGAUGUUGAGUUUUCGCUUCCUAAAUUCAAACAAAGGUGGAGUGGAGAGAUGGACACAAAAGGAGCUGGAGCCCCGGCAGAAAAGGCAAAGAGGAAAAUCAGAUUCCUUGACCUGAAAAGAAAAAGUUCAGUUGGCACUGACACUGGGGAACUAAAGGGAGGAGUGGAAAUAUCUGCACCUAAGGUCACUGGAGCCAAAGUUAAAUCUAAGGGGAAAGGAUACAAGUUUGGAAUUAACUAUCCAAAGACCAAAGAGACAACUUCUGGCUCAGCUACAGGAACUGGAUGUUUGGAGUUUACAAAGCCGAGUAUGAAAGUCCUACAACCAUCAGGUGAAUUCAGUUUGGCUUGUGAUAAAGAAAGCAAUAUGGAUGUUGCAAAAGCAGGCACAAAGGCAAAUUCAACAGAUGUAGAUUUUGCACUGCCGUCUGCACAAGUUGGGGUACAUUUGCCAACUGCGAAGCGAAGGCCAGCCCCAAAGAUUGAUGCCAGUGGAAAGGUAGAUGUUGUAGUUCCAAAGGCAAAAUUAGAUGUGAAUGUUGAAACUGCGAAGCGAAGGCCAGCCCCAAAAAUUGAAACGAGAAAACUGGUUGAUACUGCAGGUCCAAAGGCAAAAUUUGACGGGAAUGUUGAAAAGGGAGAUGGGAAGCUGAGAAUUCCAAAGCUCCGACUACCCAGAGUGCGACUGUCACGUCACUCAGAUGAGUUUGAUGGUGAUUUUAACAUAAAAGGAGAGGGGAUGAAAAUUCCUACAGCUGACAUAAAGUUUUCAAAGGAAGCAAAGCUACAAGGCGUUUCUGGCACAGUGAAAACCCCGACAGUGGAUAUUUUAUCCCCAAAGGUUACUGGAACAGGAGACAUAGAUGUCUCAAGCAAAGAAAGUGAUACCAAGACUGACAUCACACUUCCAGCCACUGACAUUUCUGUGCAUGACCUUGGGGUUGAAGGAAGCAAAUCAGGUGAAGUGAAGUGCACUUUGAAGAGCACAAUGCCCAAGAGGAGCAUCACUGUUGACAAUUCAAAAGGAGUUGGAGCUGGAGGUGAAUUAAAAACAGACUUGUUAGAAAUAUCUAUUCCAAAGAUAAAAAGUGGAGACACAGAUGUGGAUAUGGGGCAAUACAUGGGUGGAGAUGGAAAGUUCAGAUUGCCUGAUUUUGACACAAAACUGCCAAAAUCGAACCUGCCAGACGUAAAUGUUCGUUUGAGAGGCCAAGCCACUGCAAUCCAAUUUCCAGACCAAGAUGUCAACCUUGUGGGUCCAGAACUGAAAGGGGUAAGAAUAGAUAUCCCUUCUGUCAAUGUUUCUCAUCCCACAGGAAAGAUUGGCGAUAACAUUCAUGUCGAAGUACCGAAGAUGAAAGAAAUUGAAAGAGCAGAGUUCAGUAUACCGUCUCUGGAUAUUUCUGGUCCCAAAAUCAAAUCUCCAGAACUAGACGUCAACCUUGAGGGUCCUGACUUGAAAGGCGGAAAGAUCAAUAUCCCAUCUGUGGAUAUUUCCCUUCCCAAAGGAAAGCUUGAAGGAGACAUUGAUGUUGAAGGCCCCAAGAUGAAGGGAGGAAAGUUCAAAAUGCCUAAAUUUGACGUUUCUUUGCCAAAGGUUAAUCUUCCAAGUAUUGAUGCCAAUUUGGAAGGACCGGAUGUGAAAGGAAAGAUUGAUGUUCCGAGUGUGGAUGUGUCACUUCCCAAAGGGAAAAUUGAAGGAGACAUUAAUGUUGAGGGCCCUGAACUAAAAGGAGGAAAGUUUAAAAUGCCCAAAGUCGAUCUGUCCCAACCAAAGGUCAAUUUCCCAACCAUUGAUGCUAAUUUGGAAGGACCCGAGAUCAAAGGAAAGAUGGAAAUGCCAGAUGUCGAUGUAACACUUCCAAAAGGUAAACUGGAUGUGGAGGGUCCAGAAUUGAAGGGGGGCAAGUUCAAGAUGCCGACAUUCGAUGUCAACAUGCCAAAAGUGAAGCUACCAGAGGGUGACUUUAAAUUUAAAGGUCCCGACUUCAAAGGACCUAAGAUCGAUAUGCCAGACUUGGACAUCUCCCUCCCUAAAGGAAAAGCUGGAGGGGAUAUUGAAAUUGAAGGUCCUUCUGGAAAAGGUGGAAAAUUUCAUCUCCCCUCUGUGGAUAUCUCUCUUCCAAAGGUGAAGGCCAAGGGACCAGAACUCAACCUUGAGGGUCCCGAAAUAAAAGGCAGUGAGUUCAACAUGCCGUCACUGGAUAUUUCUGGUCCCAAAAUCAAAUCUCCAGAACUAGACGUCAACCUUGAGGGUCCUGACUUGAAAGGCGGAAAGAUCGAUAUCCCAUCUGUGGAUAUUUCCCUUCCCAAAGGAAAGCUUGAUGGAGACAUUGAUGUUGAAGGCCCCAAGAUGAAGGGAGGAAAGUUCAAAAUGCCUAAAUUUGACGUUUCUUUGCCAAAUGUUAAUCUUCCAAGUAUUGAUGCCAAUUUGGAAGGACCGGAUGUGAAGGGAAAGAUUGAUGUUCCGAGUGUGGAUGUGUCACUUCCCAAAGGGAAAAUUGAAGGAGACAUUAAUGUUGAGGGCCCUGAACUAAAAGGAGGAAAGUUUAAAAUGCCCAAAGUCGAUCUGUCCCUACCAAAGGUCAAUUUCCCAACCAUUGAUGCUAAUUUGGAAGGACCUGAGAUCAAAGGAAAGAUGGAAAUGCCAGAUGUCGAUGUAACACUUCCAAAAGGUAAACUGGAUGUGGAGGGUCCAGAAUUGAAGGGGGGCAAGUUCAAGAUGCCGACAUUCGAUGUCAACAUGCCAAAAGUGAAGCUACCAGAGGGUGACUUUAAAUUUAAAGGUCCCGACUUCAAAGGACCUAAGAUCGAUAUGCCAGACUUGGACAUCUCCCUCCCUAAAGGAAAAGCUGGAGGGGAUAUUGAAAUUGAAGGUCCUUCUGGAAAAGGUGGAAAAUUCCAUCUCCCCUCUGUGGAUAUCUCUCUUCCAAAGGUGAAGGCCAAGGGACCAGAACUCAACCUUGAGGGUCCCGAAAUAAAAGGCGGUGAGUUCAACAUGCCGUCUCUGGAUAUUUCUGGUCCCAAAAUCAAAUCUCCAGAACUAGACGUCAACCUUGAGGGUCCUGACUUGAAAGGCGGAAAGGUCAAUAUCCCAUCUGUGGAUAUUUCCCUUCCCAAAGGAAAGCUUGAAGGAGACAUUGAUGUAGAAGGCCCCAAGAUGAAGGGAGGAAAGUUCAAAAUGCCUAAAUUUGACGUUUCUUUGCCAAAGGUUAAUCUUCCAAGUAUUGAUGCCAAUUUGGAAGGACCGGAUGUGAAAGGAAAGAUUGAUGUUCCGAGUGUGGAUGUGUCACUUCCCAAAGGGAAAAUUGAAGGAAACAUUAAUGUUGAGGUCCCUGAACUAAAAGGAGGAAAGUUUAAAAUGCCCAAAGUCGAUCUGUCCGUACCAAAGGUCAAUUUCCCAACCAUUGAUGCUAAUUUGGAAGGACCUGAGGUCAAAGGAAAGAUGGAAAUGCCAGAUGUCGAUGUAACACUUCCAAAAGGUAAACUGGAUGUGGAGGGUCCAGAAUUGAAGGGGGGCAAGUUCAAGAUGCCGACAUUCGAUGUCAACAUGCCAAAAGUGAAGCUACCAGAGGGUGACUUUAAAUUUAAAGGUCCCGACUUCAAAGGACCUAAGAUCGAUAUGCCAGACUUGGACAUCUCCCUCCCUAAAGGAAAAGCUGGAGGGGAUAUUGAAAUUGAAGGUCCUUCUGGAAAAGGUGGAAAAUUCCAUCUCCCCUCUGUGGAUAUCUCUCUUCCAAAGGUGAAGGCCAAGGGACCAGAACUCAACCUUGAGGGUCCCGAAAUAAAAGGCGGUGAGUUCAACAUGCCGUCUCUGGAUAUUUCUGGUCCCAAAAUCAAAUCUCCAGAACUAGACGUCAACCUUGAGGGUCCUGACUUGAAAGGCGGAAAGAUCAAUAUCCCAUCUGUGGAUAUUUCCCUUCCCAAAGGAAAGCUUGAAGGAGACAUUGAUGUAGAAGGCCCCAAGAUGAAGGGAGGAAAGUUCAAAAUGCCUAAAUUUGACGUUUCUUUGCCAAAGGUUAAUCUUCCAAGUAUUGAUGCCAAUUUGGAAGGACCGGAUGUGAAAGGAAAGAUUGAUGUUCCGAGUGUGGAUGUGUCACUUCCCAAAGGGAAAAUUGAAGGAGACAUUAAUGUUGAGGGCCCUGAACUAAAAGGAGGAAAGUUUAAAAUGCCCAAAGUCGAUCUGUCCCUACCAAAGGUCAAUUUCCCAACCAUUGAUGCUAAUUUGGAAGGACCUGAGGUCAAAGGAAAGAUGGAAAUGCCAGAUGUCGAUGUAACACUUCCAAAAGGUAAACUGGAUGUGGAGGGUCCAGAAUUGAAGGGGGGCAAGUUCAAGAUGCCGACAUUCGAUGUCAACAUGCCAAAAGUGAAGCUACCAGAGGGUGACUUUAAAUUUAAAGGUCCCGACUUCAAAGGACCUAAGAUCGAUAUGCCAGACUUGGACAUCUCCCUCCCUAAAGGAAAAGCUGGAGGGGAUAUUGAAAUUGAAGGUCCUUCUGGAAAAGGUGGAAAAUUCCAUCUCCCCUCUGUGGAUAUCUCUCUUCCAAAGGUGAAGGCCAAGGGACCAGAACUCAACCUUGAGGGCCCCGAAAUAAAAGGUGGUGAGUUCAACAUGCCGUCUCUGGAUAUUUCUGGUCCCAAAAUCAAAUCUCCAGAACUAGACGUCAACCUUGAGGGUCCUGACUUGAAAGGCGGAAAGAUCAAUAUCCCAUCUGUGGAUAUUUCCCUUCCCAAAGGAAAGCUUGAAGGAGACAUUGAUGUAGAAGGCCCCAAGAUGAAGGGAGGAAAGUUCAAAAUGCCUAAAUUUGACGUUUCUUUGCCAAACGUUAAUCUUCCAAGUAUUGAUGCCAAUUUGGAAGGACCGGAUGUGAAAGGAAAGAUUGAUGUUCCGAGUGUGGAUGUGUCACUUCCCAAAGGGAAAAUUGAAGGAGACAUUAAUGUUGAGGGCCCUGAACUAAAAGGAGGAAAGUUUAAAAUGCCCAAAGUCGAUCUGUCCCUACCAAAGGUCAAUUUCCCAACCAUUGAUGCUAAUUUGGAAGGACCUGAGGUCAAAGGAAAGAUGGAAAUGCCAGGUGUCGAUGUAACACUUCCAAAAGGUAAACUGGAUGUGGAGGGUCCAGAUUUGAAGGGGGGCAAGUUCAAGAUGCCGACAUUCGAUGUCAACAUGCCAAAAGUGAAGCUACCAGAGGGUGACUUUAAAUUUAAAGGUCCCGACUUCAAAGGACCUAAGAUCGAUAUGCCAGACUUGGACAUCUCCCUCCCUAAAGGAAAAGCUGGAGGGGAUAUUGAAAUUGAAGGUCCUUCUGGAAAAGGUGGAAAAUUCCAUCUCCCCUCUGUGGAUAUCUCUCUUCCAAAGGUGAAGGCCAAGGGACCAGAACUCAACCUUGAGGGCCCCGAAAUAAAAGGUGGUGAGUUCAACAUGCCGUCUCUGGAUAUUUCUGGUCCCAAAAUCAAAUCUCCAGAACUAGACGUCAACCUUGAGGGUCCUGACUUGAAAGGCGGAAAGAUCAAUAUCCCAUCUGUGGAUAUUUCCCUUCCCAAAGGAAAGCUUGAAGGAGCCAUUGAUGUAGAAGGCCCCAAGAUGAAGGGAGGAAAGUUCAAAAUGCCUAAAUUUGACGUUUCUUUGCCAAAGGUUAAUCUUCCAAGUAUUGAUGCCAAUUUGGAAGGACCGGAUGUGAAAGGACAGAUUGAUGUUCCGAGUGUGGAUGUGUCACUUCCCAAAGGGAAAAUUGAAGGAGACAUUAAUGUUGAGGGCCCUGAACUAAAAGGAGGAAAGUUUAAAAUGCCCAAAGUCGAUCUGUCCCUACCAAAGGUCAAUUUCCCAACCAUUGAUGCUAAUUUGGAAGGACCUGAGGUCAAAGGAAAGAUGGAAAUGCCAGAUGUCGAUGUAACACUUCCAAAAGGUAAACUGGAUGUGGAGGGUCCAGAAUUGAAGGGGGGCAAGUUCAAGAUGCCGACAUUCGAUGUCAACAUGCCAAAAGUGAAGCUACCAGAGGGUGACUUUAAAUUUAAAGGUCCCGACUUCAAAGGACCUAAGAUCGAUAUGCCAGACUUGGACAUCUCCCUCCCUAAAGGAAAAGCUGGAGGGGAUAUUGAAAUUGAAGGUCCUUCUGGAAAAGGUGGAAAAUUCCAUCUCCCCUCUGUGGAUAUCUCUCUUCCAAAGGUGAAGGCCAAGGGACCAGAACUCAACCUUGAGGGCCCCGAAAUAAAAGGUGGUGAGUUCAACAUGCCGUCUCUGGAUAUUUCUGGUCCCAAAAUCAAAUCUCCAGAACUAGACGUCAACCUUGAGGGUCCUGACUUGAAAGGCGGAAAGAUCAAUAUCCCAUCUGUGGAUAUUUCCCUUCCCAAAGGAAAGCUUGAAGGAGACAUUGAUGUAGAAGGCCCCAAGAUGAAGGGAGGAAAGUUCAAAAUGCCUAAAUUUGACGUUUCUUUGCCAAACGUUAAUCUUCCAAGUAUUGAUGCCAAUUUGGAAGGACCGGAUGUGAAAGGAAAGAUUGAUGUUCCGAGUGUGGAUGUGUCACUUCCCAAAGGGAAAAUUGAAGGAGACAUUAAUGUUGAGGGCCCUGAACUAAAAGGAGGAAAGUUUAAAAUGCCCAAAGUCGAUCUGUCCCUACCAAAGGUCAAUUUCCCAACCAUUGAUGCUAAUUUGGAAGGACCUGAGGUCAAAGGAAAGAUGGAAAUGCCAGGUGUCGAUGUAACACUUCCAAAAGGUAAACUGGAUGUGGAGGGUCCAGAUUUGAAGGGGGGCAAGUUCAAGAUGCCGACAUUCGAUGUCAACAUGCCAAAAGUGAAGCUACCAGAGGGUGACUUUAAAUUUAAAGGUCCCGACUUCAAAGGACCUAAGAUCGAUAUGCCAGACUUGGACAUCUCCCUCCCUAAAGGAAAAGCUGGAGGGGAUAUUGAAAUUGAAGGUCCUUCUGGAAAAGGUGGAAAAUUCCAUCUCCCCUCUGUGGAUAUCUCUCUUCCAAAGGUGAAGGCCAAGGGACCAGAACUCAACCUUGAGGGCCCCGAAAUAAAAGGUGGUGAGUUCAACAUGCCGUCUCUGGAUAUUUCUGGUCCCAAAAUCAAAUCUCCAGAACUAGACGUCAACCUUGAGGGUCCUGACUUGAAAGGCGGAAAGAUCAAUAUCCCAUCUGUGGAUAUUUCCCUUCCCAAAGGAAAGCUUGAAGGAGCCAUUGAUGUAGAAGGCCCCAAGAUGAAGGGAGGAAAGUUCAAAAUGCCUAAAUUUGACGUUUCUUUGCCAAAGGUUAAUCUUCCAAGUAUUGAUGCCAAUUUGGAAGGACCGGAUGUGAAAGGACAGAUUGAUGUUCCGAGUGUGGAUGUGUCACUUCCCAAAGGGAAAAUUGAAGGAGACAUUAAUGUUGAGGGCCCUGAACUAAAAGGAGGAAAGUUUAAAAUGCCCAAAGUCGAUCUGUCCCUACCAAAGGUCAAUUUCCCAACCAUUGAUGCUAAUUUGGAAGGACCUGAGGUCAAAGGAAAGAUGGAAAUGCCAGAUGUCGAUGUAACACUUCCAAAAGGUAAACUGGAUGUGGAGGGUCCAGAAUUGAAGGGGGGCAAGUUCAAGAUGCCGACAUUCGAUGUCAACAUGCCAAAAGUGAAGCUACCAGAGGGUGACUUUAAAUUUAAAGGUCCCGACUUCAAAGGACCUAAGAUCGAUAUGCCAGACUUGGACAUCUCCCUCCCUAAAGGAAAAGCUGGAGGGGAUAUUGAAAUUGAAGGUCCUUCUGGAAAAGGUGGAAAAUUCCAUCUCCCCUCUGUGGAUAUCUCUCUUCCAAAGGUGAAGGCCAAGGGACCAGAACUCAACCUUGAGGGCCCCGAAAUAAAAGGCGGUGAGUUCAACAUGCCGUCUCUGGAUAUUUCUGGUCCCAAAAUCAAAUCUCCAGAACUAGACGUCAACCUUGAGGGUCCUGACUUGAAAGGCGGAAAGAUCAAUAUCCCAUCUGUGGAUAUUUCCCUUCCCAAAGGAAAGCUUGAAGGAGACAUUGAUGUUGAAGGCCCCAAGAUGAAGGGAGGAAAGUUCAAAAUGCCUAAAUUUGACGUUUCUUUGCCAAAGGUUAAUCUUCCAAGUAUUGAUGCCAAUUUGGAAGGACCGGAUGUGAAAGGAAAGAUUGAUGUUCCGAGUGUGGAUGUGUCACUUCCCAAAGGGAAAAUUGAAGGAGACAUUAAUGUUGAGGGCCCUGAACUAAAAGGAGGAAAGUUUAAAAUGCCCAAAGUCGAUCUGUCCCUACCAAAGGUCAAUUUCCCAACCAUUGAUGCUAAUUUGGAAGGACCUGAGGUCAAAGGAAAGAUGGAAAUGCCAGAUGUCGAUGUAACACUUCCAAAAGGAAAACUGGAUGUGGAGGGUCCAGAAUUGAAGGGGGGCAAGUUCAAGAUGCCGACAUUCGAUGUCAACAUGCCAAAAGUGAAGCUACCAGAGGGUGACUUUAAAUUUAAAGGUCCCGACUUCAAAGGACCUAAGAUCGAUAUGCCAGACUUGGACAUCUCCCUCCCUAAAGGAAAAGCUGGAGGGGAUAUUGAAAUUGAAGGUCCUUCUGGAAAAGGUGGAAAAUUCCAUCUCCCCUCUGUGGAUAUCUCUCUUCCAAAGGUGAAGGCCAAGGGACCAGAACUCAACCUUGAGGGCCCCGAAAUAAAAGGCGGUGAGUUCAACAUGCCGUCUCUGGAUAUUUCUGGUCCCAAAAUCAAAUCUCCAGAACUAGACGUCAACCUUGAGGGUCCUGACUUGAAAGGCGGAAAGAUCAAUAUCCCAUCUGUGGAUAUUUCCCUUCCCAAAGGAAAGCUUGAAGGAGACAUUGAUGUUGAAGGCCCCAAGAUGAAGGGAGGAAAGUUCAAAAUGCCUAAAUUUGACGUUUCUUUGCCAAAGGUUAAUCUUCCAAGUAUUGAUGCCAAUUUGGAAGGACCGGAUGUGAAAGGAAAGAUUGAUGUUCCGAGUGUGGAUGUGUCACUUCCCAAAGGGAAAAUUGAAGGAGACAUUAAUGUUGAGGGCCCUGAACUAAAAGGAGGAAAGUUUAAAAUGCCCAAAGUCGAUCUGUCCCUACCAAAGGUCAAUUUCCCAACCAUUGAUGCUAAUUUGGAAGGACCUGAGAUCAAAGGAAAGAUGGAAAUGCCAGAUGUCGAUGUAACACUUCCAAAAGGAAAACUGGAUGUGGAGGGUCCAGAAUUGAAGGGGGGCAAGUUCAAGAUGCCGACAUUCGAUGUCAACAUGCCAAAAGUGAAGCUACCAGAGGGUGACUUUAAAUUUAAAGGUCCCAACUUCAAAGGACCUAAGAUCGAUAUGCCAGACUUGGACAUAUCCCUCCCUAAAGGAAAAGCUGGAGGGGAUAUUGAAAUUGAAGGUCCUUCUGGAAAAGGUGGAAAAUUCCAUCUCCCCUCUGUGGAUAUCUCUCUUCCAAAGGUGAAGGCCAAGGGACCAGAACUCAACCUUGAGGGCCCCGAAAUAAAAGGUGGUGAGUUCAACAUGCCGUCUCUGGAUAUUUCUGGUCCCAAAAUCAAAUCUCCAGAACUAGACGUCAACCUUGAGGGUCCUGACUUGAAAGGCGGAAAGAUCAAUAUCCCAUCUGUGGAUAUUUCCCUUCCCAAAGGAAAGCUUGAAGGAGACAUUGAUGUAGAAGGCCCCAAGAUGAAGGGAGGAAAGUUCAAAAUGCCUAAAUUUGACGUUUCUUUGCCAAAGGUUAAUCUUCCAAGUAUUGAUGCCAAUUUGGAAGGACCGGAUGUGAAAGGAAAGAUUGAUGUUCCGAGUGUGGAUGUGUCACUUCCCAAAGGGAAAAUUGAAGGAGACAUUAAUGUUGAGGGCCCUGAACUAAAAGGAGGAAAGUUUAAAAUGCCCAAAGUCGAUCUGUCCCUACCAAAGGUCAAUUUCCCAACCAUUGAUGCUAAUUUGGAAGGACCUGAGGUCAAAGGAAAGAUGGAAAUGCCAGGUGUCGAUGUAACACUUCCAAAAGGUAAACUGGAUGUGGAGGGUCCAGAAUUGAAGGGGGGCAAGUUCAAGAUGCCGACAUUCGAUGUCAACAUGCCAAAAGUGAAGCUACCAGAGGGUGACUUUAAAUUUAAAGGUCCCGACUUCAAAGGACCUAAGAUCGAUAUGCCAGACUUGGACAUCUCCCUCCCUAAAGGAAAAGCUGGAGGGGAUAUUGAAAUUGAAGGUCCUUCUGGAAAGGGUGGAAAAUUCCAUCUCCCGUCUGUGGAUAUCUCUCUUCCAAAAGUGAAGGCCGAGGGACCAGAACUCAACCUUGAGGGCCCCGAAAUAAAAGGCGGUGAGUUCAACAUGCCGUCUCUGGAUAUUUCUGGUCCCAAAAUUAAAUCUCCAGAACUAGACGUCAACCUUCAGGGUCCUGACUUGAAAGGCGGAAAGGUCAAUAUCCCAUCUGUGGAUAUUUCCCUUCCCAAAGGAAAGCUUGAAGGAGACAUUGAUGUUGAAGGCCCCAAGAUGAAGGGAGGAAAGUUCAAAAUGCCUAAAUUUGACGUUUCUUUGCCAAAGGUUAAUCUUCCAAGUAUUGAUGCCAAUUUGGAAGGACCGGAUGUGAAAGGAAAGAUUGAUGUUCCGAGUGUGGAUGUGUCACUACCCAAAGGGAAAAUUGAAGGAGACAUUAAUGUUGAGGGCCCUGAACUAAAAGGAGGAAAGUUUAAAAUGCCCAAAGUCGAUCUGUCUCUACCAAAGGUCAAUUUCCCAACCAUUGAUGCUAAUUUGGAAGGACCUGAGGUCAAAGGAAAGAUGGAAAUGCCAGAUGUCGAUGUAACACUUCCAAAAGGAAAACUGGAUGUGGAGGGUCCAGAAUUGAAGGGGGGCAAGUUCAAGAUGCCGACAUUCGAUGUCAACAUGCCAAAAGUGAAGCUACCAGAGGGUGACUUUAAAUUUAAAGGUCCCGACUUCAAAGGACCUAAGAUCGAUAUGCCAGACUUGGACAUCUCCCUCCCUAAAGGAAAAGCUGGAGGGGAUAUUGAAAUUGAAGGUCCUUCUGGAAAAGGUGGAAAAUUCCAUCUCCCCUCUGUGGAUAUCUCUCUUCCAAAGGUGAAGGCCAAGGGACCAGAACUCAACCUUGAGGGCCCCGAAAUAAAAGGUGGUGAGUUCAACAUGCCGUCUCUGGAUAUUUCUGGUCCCAAAAUCAAAUCUCCAGAACUAGACGUCAACCUUGAGGGUCCUGACUUGAAAGGCGGAAAGAUCAAUAUCCCAUCUGUGGAUAUUUCCCUUCCCAAAGGAAAGCUUGAAGGAGCCAUUGAUGUAGAAGGCCCCAAGAUGAAGGGAGGAAAGUUCAAAAUGCCUAAAUUUGACGUUUCUUUGCCAAAGGUUAAUCUUCCAAGUAUUGAUGCCAAUUUGGAAGGACCGGAUGUGAAAGGACAGAUUGAUGUUCCGAGUGUGGAUGUGUCACUUCCCAAAGGGAAAAUUGAAGGAGACAUUAAUGUUGAGGGCCCUGAACUAAAAGGAGGAAAGUUUAAAAUGCCCAAAGUCGAUCUGUCCCUACCAAAGGUCAAUUUCCCAACCAUUGAUGCUAAUUUGGAAGGACCUGAGAUCAAAGGAAAGAUGGAAAUGCCAGAUGUCGAUGUAACGCUUCCAAAAGGAAAACUUGAAGGUGGUCUCGAUGUGGAAAGUCUUGACAUAGAUGUUGGAGGCGUCAUUGAAGCGUCGAAACACAAAGGAGGAAAGUUUCAUUUGCCGUCUGUUGAUAUCGGUCAAAUUUCCAACGUUAAACUUCCAAAGGUUGACAUUUCUGCUCCCAAGGUAAAUCUUGACUUCAGUCUGACUAAGCCUAAUGUUGAUGAUGUGGAAGUGGAACUCCUGAAAGCAGAAGGUAGUCGGCCAUCUUCUGGGGGAAGUUUUGAGCUGCCCAAUCCCAAUCUCAAUGUCAAACCCAAAAUGAAGUAUUCCCCUGGUUCUGACGUGGAUACUAAAAUGAUGUACGAUGUAAAAUGUCCACAAAUAUCUCCGGAAACCUUUGUUGACGUCCAAGGUGAUACGUCGAAGUACAAAGUAAAAUUCCCACAGUUUCAAGUAUCUCCAAAAGGCCCUUCCUUAGAUGGUGAAGGUGAUGGUAAAGUAAAUUUGGAAGGGAAGAGUGGUUUACAUGCACCAGAUGUCACUAUCAAAUUGCCUAAAAUAUCUCUUGCAAGAUUUGGCUCCAAAGAAAGAGAUCUAGGUCAGACAGGUUCUGGAAAGGAAGGUACAGGUCGGGUGAAAAUGCCCUCUGUUGAGCUCUCGUUAUCUUCCAGUACAACUCCAGAGAGUGAGGUCCUUUUGCCAAAGGUCAAAGCAUCAGAAGGGAGCCUUAAGAUUCCAAAAACACCAUCAGUUUCUGUGUCCAUUCCCUCUGUAGACCUGGAUGCGUCAUUGCCAAAAAUGAAGUCAAAGGCACAUGCUAAGAGCAGGUCUAAAGGAGAAAUUGAUGCCUCUGAUAUUGAACUGAAGGCUAGAUCUGAUGGUUCAAUUCAAACACCUGACGCUGAAGUUUCUAUUCAGAAAGGUACGUUUGAAAUUGCUAAUGAGGACAGCAGAGGGCCAAAGUUUAAGUUACCACAAGUCAGUAUGCCUUCAGUUAGUCUUUCACUCCCUAAAGGGAAAAAUGGAACCCCAGAUUCAAGCCUUUCCAUGACAUAUGAAAUGAUGGAUCCAGAAGCAGAGGACAGCCUAUUCAAGAUGCCCAAAGUUGAUUUAUCCCUUCCUAAAGGUAAACCCACCGUGAAAGGCCCGGAGGUGGAGAUGGACGUGGACAGUGGUGAAUUCCAAAUGCCAAGAGUCGACAUUAUACUUCCAAAAAGUAAAGCUACAGAGGUAUCUGAAUUAAAAAUGGGAAUCAGAGGCAAGAAACCUGCAGUUCCAGAACUCCAAUCUGCACAACAAAAGUCAUCAGAUCUUGAUGUUGAUGCAUCACUUGAUACAACUAUUAAAGAAACUGAUGCUGAAGGCAGUCACAAGGGACUUAAGCUCAAAAUGCCAACACUUGACAUUGCAAGUCCCACGGCGGACUUGGAACUAGAUUUGGGACUUCACCAAGGGAAGAGGGGGAAAGACAGAAAAAAAGAUAGAGACAAAGAAACAAAAUUCAAAGGAAAGGGACCUAAGGUAAAGGGAGCAAAAUUCAAGAUCGGAAUGCCAAAAAAUCCCACUGUGACUGCUGAGACACCAAAUACUGAGAAAAGAAUUGAAGUCUCUGGUCCAUCCAUUUCAGCACACAAUGGUGCCUCAGACGUUCAGGGCCAUAUGAAGGGACAGGUUCCAGAAGUUACGAUACCCACCACAGGUCCAACAGUCAAGUCCGGCUCAGUGACCCCAGUAUCAAGAGCAGAACAUGAACUACCAUCUGCAAGUAUCAGUUCCAAAGUACCCAGAAUUCCAGAUAUUGAUUUUGAUAUUGUGACAUCAACAGAUGACGAUGACGUUCCCACAGGAAAGGGAAAGAAGGUUAAAAUACCCAAAUUUGGCAUCCCAUUGCCAUCUCUCGCUUCCGCUGAAGAAAGAUUGGAUAUUCAUGGGUCGGACUUCCAGUAUGAGGGUCCUAAAAUUCCCAAAGUAAAGAAAGCUGUUUUUGUAUUGGUAAAUCCACAAACAGACGAGCCAGUGGCCGAGGGUGAGAGAGGGGGAGUCAAGGUGAAGGUACCAAAAAUGAACACCAAGACAACCUCGGAGAAGUCCGAAAAGGAAAUGCAUGUUUGGGAGGGACAAAGAGUCAAGACCAACGUGUUGUUUUCCACCACACAGUCUUCUUCACUUGAUGUUGGUCCUAAAGAUCAAGUCUUUGGUGCUUCCAUUGUUUCACCGGACAAUGAAGGACCAUUCAGUGGCAAAAUCAAGCUCCCAGAAGUAGAGGUAACUUCCCCCUAUGGCAGGAUGGUGUCACCAAUGAAGGAGAUGUUUGUGAAUGUGGAGUCUAUGGAAGGAGAACCAAAAGUCAGCUCAAGCAAGUUGACCUCUUUGGCCUUGAGUGGAGAAUCUUCUCCAGGACUGGUGUCACCCCAUGCCAGGACUGACAUGCUGGACAGGGACAGCUCAGAGUCCCCCGUUGGGUUUACCAUCAGUUCAUCAAAGGUUCAGAGCUGGAGUGAAGUAGAGAGCAAAACUGAGGAAGGGGAGUCUUCACCCUGGUUCAAAGUCCCCAAAUUCACACUCAAGCCACACGCCACAGGCUUCCUUCAGAUAACUCCAGAAGGAUCUCCUCAGGCCCAACGGAGAGGCGAGGUGGGCGGCGACGUGGACGUCUCUGGGUCUUACAGCUUUCACGCCUCAGGGAUGGACUUCACCACCCGGGAAAUGUCCACAGAACAGCAGGUGUCCUCCACGGAAGAGGGGUCUCUCAGCAUGGUAACCAAGACCACAAGAAUCACACGACAGGUGGUAACCAAGGAAACACGAACAGGUGAAACCUCCACCACCAAAGUGACCCAGGUGACGGAUUUCUAGAGACGCUGUAUCAACGUUUUAGCUGUUGAGGUUGCGGUGUUUUUGUACCUUGAACACGCGACACUCGCUUGAGUCUUUAUAUUUCUUUUGCUGCAGUAAAAACUCAGCAGAAGAGUCACUCUAUAAAUAUCUUUUUAAACGUGGUUAUUUUUGUAACUGCCCUUGAGUUGUGUUAGUUUAGUCGUCAGUACUUCUCCCACUUUGUUCUGGCUGUUUUAAGAUGCUGGAGUUUUUCACCAUCAACUUUCCGCUUUCAUCACCGGCCAAUUUUAUCGUGUAAAUAAAACAGAAACUUCUGUAAUUAUUUUCAUAUUCAGAGGCGGGAGGGUGUUUUUGCAGCUGGUCUUGUCUUUUCUCCAGGUUUCACUGCACUGUAGAGUUACAUUCAAAGCUGCUCUCGAGCGAGUCACGCUCUCUCUCUAUGCUGUCGGGAUCAAACCUGCGACCUUCUGGUUUCAGAUUGCUCUCAGAGACUUCGGCCCAAUCGCUGCUAUGCUCAUUUAUAACUUUUAGGACUAUGUUUUGUACGUGUUUUGGCAUGAUAUCGAGUCGUUUGGACGAACUUUAGAAUACUACUGAGUUUGAGAGCUGAGGAUUUCGGGAAGAACGCGCUUCUACUUUUGCGUGACUUGGUUUGUACACCAGUUUUCACGAUUUCAGUUUGGACGCUGGAAAGCGAGUAGUGAUGCGUUCAGUAGCACGGAGAAUAACUGGAGUCUUUGAUUGUGUUUAUUUUAAACCAGGCUUUUAAGUGUUUCGUCAGAUACGAUUUGGGAAGAUUGUUUCAGCCAAAAUGUUCUGUGAAUUAAAAAAAAAAUGCUCCACAGAUGUGAACGUUUCCUGGAG